AUGAGCCGCGUCCCCAUCUUCCCUUUCUUGGAAGACCGGCUCGGAGAGGAAAAGAUGAAAACUGACUGGGAGGUAGCUAUUAAAAGUAUUAAUAAAAAGAACUUGUCAAAAUCACAAAUACUGCUUGGGAAGGAGAUUAAAAUCUUAAAGGAACUUCAGCAUGAAAAUAUUGUUGCACUCUAUGACGUUCAGGAAUUACCCAACUCUGUCUUUCUGGUAAUGGAGUAUUGUAAUGGUGGAGACCUGGCAGAUUAUUUGCAAGCUAAAGGAACCCUCAGUGAAGAUACCAUCAGAGUGUUUCUGCAUCAGAUUGCAGCUGCCAUGCGAAUUCUGCACAGCAAAGGAAUAAUCCACAGGGAUCUCAAACCACAGAACAUCUUGCUCUCUUACGCCAAUCGCAGAAAGUCAAGUGUCAGUGGUAUUCGCAUCAAAAUAGCGGAUUUUGGUUUUGCUCGUUACCUACAGAGUAAUAUGAUGGCUGCAACACUGUGUGGGUCCCCAAUGUACAUGGCACCUGAGGUUAUUAUGUCUCAGCAUUAUGAUGCUAAGGCAGACUUGUGGAGCAUAGGAACAGUGAUAUAUCAAUGCCUAGUUGGAAAGCCACCUUUUCAGGCCAAUAGUCCUCAAGACUUAAGGAUGUUUUAUGAAAAAAAUAGGAGUUUAAUGCCUAGUAUUCCCAGAGAAACUUCACCUUAUUUGGCUAAUCUCCUUUUGGGUUUGCUUCAGAGAAACCAAAAAGAUAGAAUGGACUUUGAAGCGUUUUUUAGCCAUCCUUUUCUUGAGCAAGUUCCAGUUAAAAAAUCCUGUCCAGUUCCAGUACCUGUGUAUGCUGGCUCUGUCUCUGGAAGCUCUUGUGGCAGCUCUCCAUCUUGUCGUUUUGCCUCUCCACCAUCCCUUCCAGAUAUGCAGCAUAUUCAGGAAGAAACCUUAUCUUCCCCACCAUUGGGUCCUCCCAACUAUCUACAAGUGUCCAAAGAUUCUGCCAGUACUAGUAGCAAGAACUCUUCUUGUGACACGGAUGACUUUGUUUUGGUUCCACACAACAUCUCGUCAGACCACUCAUAUGAUAAUCCAAUGGGAACUGCUGGCAGACGUGCUUCAAAUGAGUUCUUGGUGUGUGGAGGGCAGUGUCAGCCUACCGUGUCACCUUACAGUGAAACAGCACCGAUUCCAGUUCCUACUCAGAUAAGGAAUUACCAGCGCAUAGAGCAGAAUCUUACAUCUACUGCCAGCUCUGGCACAAAUCCACAUGGUUCUCCGAGAUCUGCAGUAGUACGAAGGUCAAAUACCAGCCCUAUGGGCUUUCUCCGCCUGGGCUCCUGCUCUCCAGCACCAGCAGACACAGUUCAGACGGCUGGGCGAAGACUUUCUACUGGGUCUUCCAGGCCUUAUUCACCCUCCCCUUUGGUUGGUACCAUUCCUGAGCAAUUUAGUCAUUGUUGCUGUGGGCAUCCUCAGGGCCAUGAAUCCAGAAGUAGAAACUCAUCAGGUUCUCCGGUGCCACAGGCUCCAUCACCACAGUCUCACUUAUUGGGUGCUAGACUGCAGAGUGCUCCCACCCUUACUGACAUCUACCAGAAUAAGCAGAAGCUAAGAAAGCAGCACUCUGACCCAGUGUGUCCAUCACAUGCUGGGACUGGGUACAGCUACUCACCUCAGCCCAGUCGGCCUGGCAGCCUUGGGACCUCUCCCACCAAGCACCUGGGGUCCUCUCCACGGAGUUCUGACUGGUUCUUUAAAACUCCUCUACCAACAAUCAUAGGCUCUCCUACUAAGACCACAGCUCCUUUCAAAAUCCCUAAAACGCAAGCGUCUUCCAAUCUGCUAGCUUUGAUUACUCGUCAUGGACCUUCUGAAGGACAUUUUAGAGAUGGGAGCGACCCACGGGAAUGCUCUCAUUGUUUCUUAGUACAAGGAAAUGAGAGGCAGAAGUCUGAGCAGCACAAGACAGUAUUUGGCAGAUCUGUCAGUACUGGGAAGUUAUCAGAUCAACAAGGAAAAACACCUUUAGGACAUCAGUGCAGCACGGAUAGUUUAAAUACAGAGCGACCCAUGGAUAUUGCCCCUGUAGGAGCCUGUGGUGUUGUACUGGCACCUCCUCUAGGAACAGCAGCAAGUUCCAGGGCUGUCCUGUUCACGGUGGGAUCUCCUCCACACAGUGCCGCAGCCCCCACUUGUACUCAUAUGGUCCUUCGAGCAAGAACAACCUCAGUGGGCUCCAGCAGCUCCGGAGGCUCCCUGUGUUCUGCAAGUGGCCGUGUGUGUGUGGGCUCCCCUCCUGGGCCAGGUUUGGGGUCUUCACCUCCAGGAGCAGAGGCAGCUCCUAGCCUGAGAUAUAUGCCUUAUGGUGCUUCACCUCCCAGCCUAGAGGGGCUUAUCACCUUUGAAGCCCCUGAACUGCCGGAGGAGACACUGAUGGAGCGAGAACACACAGACACUUUGCGCCACCUGAAUGUGAUGCUAAUGUUCACUGAGUGUGUGCUGGACCUGACAGCUGUGCGGGGAGGAAACCCAGAGCUGUGUACAUCUGCUGUGUCCCUGUAUCAGAUUCAGGAGAGUGUGGUGGUGGACCAGAUCAGCCAGCUGAGCAAAGACUGGGGGCGAGUGGAACAGCUGGUGUUAUAUAUGAAAGCUGCACAGCUGCUAGCAGCAUCUCUGCAUCUUGCCAAAGCCCAGAUCAAAUCUGGGAAGCUGAGUCCAUCGACUGCUGUGAAACAAGUUGUCAAAAAUCUGAAUGAACGAUACAAAUUCUGCAUCGCCAUGUGCAAGAAACUUACAGAAAAGCUGAACCGCUUCUUCUCUGACAAACAGAGAUUUAUUGAUGAAAUCAACAGCGUAACUGCAGAGAAGCUCAUCUAUAAUUGUGCUGUAGAAAUGGUUCAAUCUGCAGCACUGGAUGAGAUGUUUCAGCAGACUGAAGAUAUAGUUUAUCGUUAUCAUAAGGCAGCCCUUCUUUUGGAAGGCCUCACUAAGAUUCUCCAGGACCCUGCAGAUAUUGAAAAUGUACAUAAAUAUAAGUCUAGUAUUGAAAGAAGAUUGUCUGCACUCUGCUAUAGCACCUCUUCGACCAUGUGAGCAGCAGCAGGUGUGAAUCAUGGACCAGUGGUGGGAUGUGAGGUGACGUGCUUGGGAUUACGGCUUGGAUUCUGUUGCCCCAUCUCCAGGAAACUAGUUUCUUAACUGGUGACUACCAAAGAACAAGCAGUGAUUUCAAAAAGGAAAGACAAUUUUAAAAACUACAUAUUUGUAGGAAAUCUGCCUUAUUGGAGAAGUCACCUCUGCCCUCUUUCUUUGUAGAAGCAGAAGCAAGAAUAUCCCACUUGCCUCUCAAUUUGAACGUGGUAAAUAUAUGUACCUUAGAACUAUAAUCAACAGUACCUUUAUUCUUAAGGAUAGUUAAGAAUGAAGCAAAGUGAGUGGCUCUUCACUCAGGUUACCAGAGCAAUGUGUGAAAUCCCACGUGUUUGCUGAAAUAAAAAUAAAAAAUUUUACAUCUCAUCCAGGCAGUUUGACAUUUGGGUAAGUUUAUCGAAAUCUGAGCAUGCAUCCUUAAACAGCUCAGGAAGAAAUAGCUUAAGAAGCUAAAGAUGACUUUUAGAGGAAAUUGUGAAAUCUUCAGUUUGAUCUCAUAUGGACAUACAUUAAUCUUCCAAAAUCUUUCAUAUUGCACUAAUUUAUUAUAACUGUGUAUUGAAUUUACAAUUUAAAGCUAACUGAGGCACAAUGGACUUGUUUAAAAUAUUUUACUUGAUUCUCUACAUAUACCCUUUCCAGAAUUCACAUGUAAUCUCUAGUGGACUUUUAAAUGAUAAAAACUUGUGUUUCCGUGAACCUUUGCAUUUUUUAAAUUCAUCUACACCUACAGAUUCUCUCAGUGAUAUUUUGAGUUGCUGAUUGUUGCUUUUGGUUGCAUUUGCAUUUUUUUUUAUUGUGCAUGCAGAAUGUGCAUUGAUGCCUGUAACCUCUAGGUUUAUUAAAGGCUAGGUUUCUUUGGGCAGUAUUAGAAAAAUUAUCAGUCAAGAGAUACUCUCCAGGAUUUAUUAGGGCCAAAACAACGUUGAUGAUUUAAAGACUUAUUAGUGAUACGGCGUUUCUACAUGAAGUUAGUAAAAAAUGAGGUUUGUGUUCUCCUAAGAAAACGGGCAGCCCUCUCCAGCCUCACAUGUAUUCUCAUGUUAAGCCUGACAGUUCACCUAAUAGUCAUGGAGAAUGCAGGCAGUUAACAUCCCUCCAGAAAUAGUUCCUACAUGAUAUAUUAUUUGGUUCUUUUACUUAGCUGCUUAAAUACUUGAAUAAAACAUUCCCCAGUUUUAAUCCUUUUAGAUACUAUAAUAUGAACUGACAAAUUGCACAGAAGCUCUUUGUCAUUAAUAUAAUUUAGUGUACUGAUAAAAACAAGCAAAAACAUGAUUUUCCUUUACUUUGACAAAGUAAUGUAAUUUUUACCUUAUUUAUCUGUAUGAAAUUCCAGCAGUUAAUUUGAACGUUUAUUUAUAUGAGGUUUGUAUUUUUAGGUCUUUAAUACAGUGUUUCUACCUCUCAUUUGUAACUGCAUGCAUUAUUCUUGAAACUAGGUAAAACUCACCAAAUUGUUGUGUAAUAGCCUUUUUAUUAUUGCCUGUACAGAUGUAUAUUAAGGUAAAAUAAAACUGUAAAAGUGUUUCUAGGGUGAAACUGGGUCGAAGCCAGGUCCUGCCUCAGUGAAUUUGGAGGUUUGGUCAUUAAUAUCUUUUAUCUUGCCCCAGGAUUUACUCUUGGUGACUGUCAUGCAGGCUGCCACGUAUGUAGACUGUAGUGAUGACUCCUACCCCUUCUAACGGGGGUUUUAAGCACUGUUACUAAUAAGUCUGUAUUUUGUAUAAUUUUUCAAGUUUACAGGGCAAUUUCAUUUAUGUCUCUCAGUUAUCACCUAGGUUAUCUCACUUGACCCUCCAUGGGGAGAUCUUCCAGUCCCUCCUCCCCUGUCACAUUGUUUUUUUUAAACCCAGAGUGGAACAGGUUCACAGUGAGUGAGUAGUCUAAAUGGGUAACUAGGGGAGUAAGUAAGCCAUCUUUGUGACUUUCACGUUCAUCCUUCUUCCACUUGUGUAAUAAAGGUCUGUGGUGGAUGAUGUGUGUGUGAAAUGGUAUGGUCUGACGGUAGAGAACAACAAACUGUAUAAAUUCAUGAAUUCUGAUUAUACUUCCAUCAUCAAGGCCAAUUGUUUUAAGAGAUUUUGCCUUGAUUAUAGCAAUAAUAAACAAAUGCUUUAUGUUUC